CGAAUACCUGUCGUUGGACAGACGGCUUUUUGUUAUAGUUUUUGCACCCACAACAUUGCUACUCCUACUACAUGCAACACUACAGCCAUACUAAUCUUUCACACCCCAUAAUAAUUUACUUUAAAAUAAAGAAAUCGUUAUCUCGUAAGCCUGUUGUCACGUGUCUCAUUUUCCUGCUCACGACUUGAACAAGUCAGUCGUAACAGGAAAGUGGGGCCUCGUCCGGGAUCUGAUGCACAUUCCCUUUGCUUAUUUAGAUUAUUUUUGUUUUGCGACCGUAAGUUUCGGAUGUCUGACUUCCUACGGGUAUCGGUGAUUCUAUACGUGGGAAGUAGAGUCCUUGUUCGAUUUAACUGUCGCAAGAGACACGCACUUAAAAAUAAAUAAGGAAUAACCUGAACUUUUGGACACUUGAUGGUACAGUGUAGUUUAAAAAGGAGCGGACCAGUCUCUUCAGCUCAGCCCUGACAAUCAGCAUGGCCAGCCAGGACCAAGAAGAAACUGUAUCGCACCUUCGUCCAGAGUUGGUUGAUUUUCAUGGUGUGUCAAUGGAUCAUUUCUUCACUGAUAACUGGGAUAAUGUGCAGAACUUCCAGGCAAAACCUGAUGAUAUUCUCAUUGCAACAUAUCCAAAAGCAGGUACAACCUGGGUGUCCCACAUGUUGGACCUUCUGUAUUUUGGGAAGUCCUCCCCAAAGCGUGGGGUCUCAUUACCCAUCUUUGAGAGAGUCCCAUUCCUGGAGAUCUGCAUCUCACCUCCCACAGGUGUAGAAUUGGCAGAUAAGAUGACCACAUCCCCUCGUCUCAUUAAAACCCACCUUCCAGUUCAGCUUGUGCCUAAAUCCUUCUGGGAACAAAAAUGUAGGAUUGUCUAUGUAGCCCGCAACGCCAAGGACAAUGUUGUGUCCUACUUUCAUUUUGACUGUAUGGAUUCUAUGCAGCCUGAGCCUGGAGACUGGCCUAGUUACCUGCAGAAAUUCCAAGAGGGGAAAUGUCAUCUCUCAGGUCAUCACUGAGGACUCAAAGGCCUGCUUUCUUAAGGAGUGCCUUCACAAGGUGACACUGAAUAAAACUCCUCUC